AGCCUCUGUCUGAUUGCGGCGGCUUCUCUUCGUUGCCUGGACCUGAAGAAAGCCGGGACGGGACGGAGCCGGGCGGUUUUGGUUGUUGGAAAUCCGUUAACCACCGAUAAACUUAGCUUUUCGUCUUAUAAUAGACGAUUGUGGUUUAAUUUUACUUCACUUAGUUUUCCCGUCUCAGCACCAAUAUCACCAACAUGUCCUGGCAAGGCUACGUGGAAAGCCUGAUGGGUGAUGGCAGCUGCCAGGACGCGGCCAUUGUUGGAUACGUUGACGCCAAAUACGUCUGGGCAUCUUUUGCUGGUGGUUCAUUUGCUGGCAUCACGGCUGACGAGAUCGAUAUAAUAGUAGGAAAGGACCGAAUGGGAUUCUUUACCAGCGGGCUGACCUUAGGUGGUAGAAAGUGCUCAGUAAUCAGAGACAGCCUCUUAGUUGACGGUGACUGGACAAUGGACAUCCGGACAAAGAGUAAUUCAGGGGAACCAACAUACAAUAUUUCUGUAGGCAAAGCAGGCAAAGUAUUGGUUAUUGUCAUGGGGAAGGAAGGUGUCCAUGGAGGGCUGCUCAACAAGAAAGCAUAUGAAAUGGCUGACUACCUGAGGAAGCAAGGAUAUUAAAGCAACCCAUACCCAGCUAGCAGCUCACCCUUGCCACCCAGUUGCGUUUCACACUACUUCCAGCGUUAGUGUGUAAUUUUUUCCUGCCUUUUCUUCUUUCCAUUGAUCCUUUUCUGUUAUCCCCCCCCCCCACCCCUCCAACACACAUGAUUUGUGUAUUCUUAUUUCUCAUUUAAAACACUUUGAGUUGAUCACAGCAAAGAUGAGCAUGUUCCUAAACAGGAUGCCAUGACGAAUCUGUACUUAACCAAGACCAGCAAAACAUCCGUUCUGGCAGAAUCUGUAGACCAUGGACGUUAUCGCAUCUGUGUGUAGUAGAAGCUCCCUGCUUUUUUUUUCUGGUACCUUUCACUACAUCCUCCCAGGUUUUUAUCAGACACUCCCUCCUGAAGCAGCCUUUGCCUUUGGAGCACUUGAGCUCUAACCGCUCAUCAUGUCUUCCUUUUAUUUCCUCCAUUUACAGGAGGGGAGACUGUGCAUAUCUUGGACCACCAAAAUUUAUGAUAAACUCUCACCUGUAGCUUCUUGCCAAAUUUCUUAGUAUCUUGAUCCCCCCCCCCCCCCCCCCCCCCCCCCCCAAAAAAAAAUUGUUAGCUAAAAUCUGACACUAUGUCUUGCUUGAGACCCUUUAAUGAACACUACCCUCCUGGGUCACUGUACUGUCCUGUAACCAACUUUAUAAAAAAGGGGGGCUGGUGGUCUGUGCAUGGGAUCAGUUUAGCUAGCGAUCAUAAACCAGCUGUGUUGGCGUUGGUCAUGUCCGAUCCAUAGACUCAUGGCAUUGCAGCCUCCCAGACUACACUAACCCAUGGACAUUCCACAGUAACAAUGGCUCAGGCUCUUAACACUGUUUAGUUUGCCAUCUCCUGUUAUGUUUUUUUUUUUUUUUGUUUAAUUGAAAGACUGCCAUUUUAUUUUUUGGAGAGUAGAUAUCCCAGCAUUUAACCAUCUGGAGUAUGUUCAGUUAGAAUUUUGUUCUUUUAUCGGACCAAGUGUAGUUGCAGCUCGGGCGUUCAUACAAGUGCUUAAAAUCGUGUGAGGUCACCAACCUCCUCUGAUGAAAAGAAGUAACGUCACAUUAUGGCUGUUUAGAAUUAAAAAAAGCUACAUGACAGAGGGCGGAGUAUGAAGAUAAUAUUUGUCUGUACUGUUUGGGGGGGAUUGUCUGCAUUUGUACAAACCCGUACUGUGUUAACUACAUAACUGUGGAAUAAAUUGCCUUCUUUCUAGUCAGCUGAGCGCUGGGGUAUCACUGGGUCUGUCCACGCUCAGCACUGCUAAGUGUAACGUCCAACAACUAACUGCUAAAAGUAGAAAUGGCACUCGAUGGGAGGGGAUUGGUUGGAACGAAGAUGCUCAUGGUUGUCCUGUUGAAACCAAAUUGCAGAACCUGUGUAUCCUGUGCCAUAAUGUAGAGAUCUGUACGAUGGAUUUACCCACUGCUGGCGACAUUUCAUCAGCACAUUUCUUUUAGCUACAGCUCCAUUGUUUAGGCCUUGUGGGAUAUGUGUACUCAUAAAAACACUGUUUCAAAUCCUGUUUGCUGAUUUGUUCAUUUCCUUUCCUCACCACUUUAUUUUGUUUUCUUACUUCUGAGAUAGUCUUUAAUGCAUCGAUCGUAUGCAUAAACCAAGAAUGCCAUAAAUUGAUUUAUCACCUUGUUUACAAACAGAUCAAAUAAAUUUAUUCCAACCAGA